AUGAAAGAGUACCAGGCAGAACUGACACUGAUGUUUUUCUACAAUUUAUUUGUGAGCAUCCUAGCUGCAUUCGUAGGUCUCAUUGCAGAACCAGACUCUAGCAAAUGGAUAAUAAGACCCAACAUCUCGUCAGCCUCUAUUCUAUGCUUUGGGGUUUUUGGGUCUGGCUUGAACAAUGUUAUUCAUACAUGGGCCUUUCACUUAAAGGGACAUGUCUAUGUGGCCAUGUUCAAGCCAUUGUCCAUUGCCAUUGCAGCUACCAUGGGAGUCGUCAUCCUUGGUGAUACUCUUAAUCUAGGAAGCAUCAUCGGUGCAACAAUAAUAGCGAUUGGAUUCUAUACUGUAAUGUGGGGCAGGAAGCAAGCAUCCUCUAUCUACAUCAGACAAACUAAAUGA